GCGCAUCGCUCCCUCCUAUGUGUAUGAUAUAUACGUUCGCGCGAACGGUGCGUUCAGUUUACCCGUGACCGUCCGUCGCUAUGCAGUCUACUGUGAUUGUUGCUUGUCUGUUUGUGGUCGGACUUGUUUGCCGAACAGAAGCACAAGUAGGCGUCCUCUGCCGGGCAAACGAGCGUCUCCUCAUGUGUGGCUGCCACCGGACCUGCCGCAAUCCGGCGCCGGACUGCAAGGCCGUCUGCCGGACCGGCUGCUUCUGCGACGACGGACAGGUCCGGAACGAUAAGGGACAGUGUGUCAAGCUGGCUGAUUGUCCUCCUAUACUUUCAGCCUACACACAAGACACAACAGAACCUCGUCCAAACGGUGGUACCUGUCCUGAAAACGAGGAGUAUAGGUUCUGUGAGAACUGCAUCAAGACCUGUGACAACCCCAACCCUGUGUGUCCAGCCCAGUGCACGAGGGGCUGCUUCUGCAAAGAAGGGCUGCUCAGAGACAGGGAUGGGAACUGUGUGCCGCCUAACCAAUGUUCCAUCGAAGAUCCAGCAGCACCAGUACAAUACCAAUACCAGAUGACCUGCAGCGAGCACCAGGUCUACAAACGCUGUGAGACCUGUAUCAAGACCUGCAGUAACCCCAACCCCAAGUGUCCAACUCCCUGUGCCAUGGGCUGCUUCUGUGAAGACGGCUACGUUCAGGCCCCUGAUGGCAGAUGUGUCAAGCUAGAAGAAUGCCCCAAAGAAAUAACUAAUUUCGCAGCCGAAGUCAUGGUGGGCCCAAUGACCCACAUCUCUCAUGAGCCUACGGUGGAAGACUGUGCUCCUGACGAGGAGUAUUUCUCCUGCGGGUGGUGCGAGCCCAGCUGUUCCAACCCUGCACCCUCGUGCCCCAUCAAGGUCUGCACGAGAGGCUGCCUCUGCAGGCCGCCCUUGUUGAGGCAUCAUAGUGGACACUGCGUGGAGGAGAAGGAUUGCUAUCCACAAAAAUGCAAAGACGCAAAUGAGGAGUAUGUCUGCCGCUACGGUUGCGAAGUUCGUUGUGACACGCGCCCGUGCGUGCGCCCGCGAAGCUGCGUGCUCGGCUGUCACUGCAAGAUGGGCCUGCUAAGAGAUGGCGCCACUGGUCUCUGUGUAGUCAAAGACAAAUGCUCGAAUAACACUGAGAAUAGAUCAUUGUGAGGAAUUUAGACUGAUUAAAUU